AUGCUGGCGGAAAUCCUUUUGUUUUGCAAGGCCCUGGGCCUCACCUUCCAGCAAAUCUACACCCACCUUAGUCUCGCCCUCUCGCCGCGUCUCCACCGUCUGACCUACCGAUCUGUCGAAAACCCGCGAAACGUCGUCGUCAUCGGUGCCUCGUUUGCCGGAUACCAUGUGGCUCGGUGUCUGGCUAGCUCUUUACCGACCGGCUAUCGCGUGGUGGUCGUUGAGAAAAACAGCCAUCUCCAGGUGACGUGGGUGUUGCCGAGAUUCAGCGUCGUUAGGGGCCAUGAGCACAAGGCGUUUAUCCCCUACGGGUCAUAUCUAUCGACAGUGCCCAGGGGAUCAUAUGAGUGGGUGCGGGAUACGGCGGAACAGGUCGUGGUGGAUGAAGAUGGGAGGGGAAAGGUUCAGUUGGGGUCUGGAAAGACCAUCGACUUUGAGUAUCUGGUCAUAGCGACUGGGGCGUCGGCGACGUUGCCGUCUCGAGUGGGAGUGACGACGAAGAGAGAGGGUAUGGAGUUGUUGACCAUCGAGCAAGACAGGUUGGUGGCUGCGACAGACGUGGUCGUCCUGGGUGGUGGACCGGCAGGGAUAGAGCUGGCAGGGGAUGCGAAGUCGCGAUAUCCGGAGAAGAAUGUCACGUUAGUGCAUUCGCGAAACACAUUGUUGAACGACAACUUCGGACCGACGCUGGCAAAGAGAGCGUUUGAGGAAUUGGUGAAUGUCGGAGUAUGUGUUAAACUGGGAGAGAGGGCAAGUGUCGACGGCAUCGAGGAGACAGGAACUGUGCAAUUACACUCUGGGGAGACAAUCCCAUGCGAUUAUCUGGCAAAAUGCAUCGGGCAACGGCCGAAUUCCGCUCUGAUAGAGGCGCUGUCACCCAAGUCGGUCUCCGCAUCAGGACAUAUUCGGGUUCGGCCUACAUUGCAGCUCGCCGAUUCGACAUUAGAUAGAAUCUAUGCAGCAGGCGAUGUGAUUGAGCUGAACUGCAUUAGGAAUGCGCGCUCGGCGUUUGAGCAAGCAAGAUAUGUCGCCAACAACAUUGUGUCUUUCAUCCGGUCCAAGAAGCAGGCCGAAUAUCAUUAUAGCUGGUGGGAGGGCGCAACCAAAUUGACACUUGGCCUGACGAAAUCAGUGGCGUAUAUGAGCGACGGAUCGGCGGAGAUCAGUCUCUCUAUGAAGGGCAAAGAAGAGAUGGACAGUCCCAUGAUCUGGCGGUUCUUCGGAGCUAAGGCCUUUGUCGACGAGACAGAUGACAAGGUGGAUUAA